CAGAAAACGAAAAAUACCAGCGAGUGAAGCGAAAAACAAAAAAAAAAACACAACACAGCUUGCAAAAACUGACCGAACGGGUUCCGUCAAAUGGCGAAAGGAAAUUAUCAAGCUCGAGGAAAUUGCAUCACUCCUGCAGAGCUGGAACGUUAACUGUCAGAGCGAUUCGGAGGUUUCGCUGAUUCUGGUUGAACAGACGAAGGAGAUAAAGCGGAGGAAAUCCCAAAAAAACACAAAUUCGAAAGAGGGAAGUAGAAAAAUAAUGCUGCCAGGGAGGUGUUCCUCGAAUUAAUUCAUCGUUGGCCGAACGUGGCAAGAGGAAAAAUAGCACACACUCCCGGGCGAACAAGUUGCGAACUUAAAAACAGCUACAUUUUUGUCCGCCGCGGCCGCCGUUCUUUGGCCGGGGCCCAUCGUUUGCAAAAAAAAGCGGUUCGACUGGGUCCAAAAGUAUUUCAUUCCAUAAUAAAAGAUUGCGCGAAAGAUUGCGAACGAAAUAUCGGAAGAAGCGGUGGACCACAGCUCCGGACAGCAGAGUGUUGGUCACGAAAUUAAGGGGGAAACGGACGCAGCAGGAACCCGACAAAAAGGCACAAACGAGAGAACCUCAAGACGCACUCGUUUUUCUGUUCCUUUUGUGACGACGAGUUUUUCCCUUUGCUCGAGGACCAAGAAAAAAAAAGACCAAAAGGGCAGCAGCACAACAGUCCGUCCCGUCCGGGGGAAGUAAAUUAUAUAAUGGACAAAUUUUUUGCAGCUGUAUCAUUAUUUCGUCGUCGGAAAUAUGAUGAGUGCAUCGAGGUGUGCAACGAGCUGCUGCAGAAUAAUGCCCUUCAUCAAGGUCCUUGGGAGCUGAAGAUGCGAUCUAUGACCCAGCGAGUGUACAUCGACGAUAUCGAGGCGGACGACGACGUGGUGGAGGAUAUUUUGGACACGCAGACCAUCGCUACAGCCCCGAAACCGGGCACCUCGAUCCGGUCAGCGGCUGCUACGGCUGCUGCGUCGACCGUCGCAGGAAAGACAACGGCAGCUGGUGCUCGGCCCCGGACCGGUACUGGAAGACCAAUUACUGGCAUUUCCCGUCCGGGAACGCUUUCGCUGCAGCGACCUGGAUCCACUUUGGGCAAUAAAACCGCACCGAUAACCGCAAGAAUCGCCGGCUCCGCCAAGAACAUACGUCUCGGGUCGGCCUCGAUGUUUGCCUUCGGCGAUCCUACGGGGCCACUGUUCCACAUCUCACGGCUCCAUCCGGACAAGUAUGCCGAGAAGGAUUCCAUCUCGAAGCCACUGUUCCAGUAUCUCUACUAUCACGAAGGCGAAAUACGGAAGGCGAUGGCCCUUUGCGAUGCGGUGCUCAACUUGAAACGAUCCGCUGCCGGAUGGUGGUGGAACACGCAGAAGGCCCGCUGUUUGAUCGCUACUGGAAGUCCGCGGGAAGCCGAACAGUAUCUCAGAACAGCUCUCGCUGAAUUCUUUCACCCAGACACGGUUCUGCUGUUGGCUAGAAUAUACAUCAAGAUUGAUCAACCAAAAGCCGCACUUGAUGUUUGCAAAAGUGGUCUCGAGAGACUCCCAAACGACAUAACGCUCAUGACACAACAGGCGAGAAUUCUCGAAUUGGUUGGGAAACUUACGGCCUCCGUGAGACGAUAUCGACAGAUAUCGCAACUUGAUUCGAUGAACACCGAGGCUUUGGCUUGCAUUGCUGUCAGUUAUUUCUAUGGAAAUCAACCGGAAACGGCGUUACUGUACUACCGGAGGAUACUGUCAAUGGGAGCACAUAGCGCCGAACUGUACUGCAACAUCGGGCUGUGUUGCCUGUACGGAGGACAGUUGGAUUUGGUAUUUCCCUGCUUUCAGCGAGCCAUCCGGAUGGCAACUAGUGUGGAUUUGAAGGCGGAUGUUUGGUACAAUUUGAGCUUCGUUGCGCUGACAACAGGAGACGUGCAUCUGGCCCGCCGCUGCCUGCGUCUGUGCCUCGCCACCAACGGAUCUCACGGAGCUGCCUUAAACAACAUGGCAGUGCUGGUUGCCCGCCAGAAACAGUACGCCAAAGCAAAAUCAUACCUAAUGGCCGGGAAGGCUGCGUUGCCAAAUUGCGACGAAAUUAAGGCAAAUUUAGAACUUAUUGAAAACUGAAUAAACAGCCUGAAUCGGAGUGUCACCAAAUCAGCUACGGACUGGCUUUUAGUCGUAUUCACAUUUCCAGCUUUUUCGCCGCAUUCCUCAAAAUCACAUCUUGCGAAACAAAUUUGGGCCGCGAACCUUCUGCCAAGCGUCGCCAGCAGACCUCCGUCCUUCGACGAUCGAUCGCUGGUUGCCAUUCCUUGUUUCGGGAUGCUCACGAGCUGUGCCCAAGGUAAAGCUCUUCCCCGUGGUGUUACCGAGUUGUUAAGGUCGACCAUACACCUGGACAUUAUUUUGGAAUACGGAUCAUAAAUUAAAGAUUUAUUUUUAGCAAUUCGCUACAUGCGAGCCUUUCGGGGCACA